CGCGUUUUGUCGGAUUUAACUUUUUCGUGGAAAAAAAAAGUUGGGCGACGAAGGAAAAAAAGAGUGCAAGGAAGAGCUUUAAAACACACACAGCAUACCCCUCACCUUCCCUCACAUGGUUCUCAUUACAGAAUCGCACUUCUCAAGAGCUUUUGAGAAUAUAAAACAAGACUCUGUUGAAGGCAAUUGCAUUCUCUUUGUGGCUUCCGAUGUUGAUGCUAUAUGUGCCUGUAAAAUCCUUCAGUCCAUUCUGAAAGCCGAUUUAAUUCAACAUAAACUUGUACCUGUAUCCGGUCACAAUGAUCUACAAAAGGCCAGCCGUGGACUUGUUGCCGAUGAUCCAGACCUUCGAACAAUAAUCAUGAUCAACUGUGGUGCUCCACUAGAAGUGUUUGAAAUGUUUGGCUCGCGAGACGACGUACGGAUCUAUGUAAUCGACAGCCAUCGCCCGUUUAACCUUGACAGUUGUCUUCCAGAAAGCAAAAAUGUAUUUGUAUUUCAAGACACGUCGGAACGGUCGAAAUUGAAAGAAUAUAUGGAAGCCUAUGAAGAUGUCAUGGUGGAUGAACAUGAAAACGAUAGCGCCUCUGACGCUUCAGAUCAGGAAGAGGAUGAUAACGGACGACCACGACAACGACGACGCUUGGCCGAGGGCGAUGGGCUAUCGCAUGCAGAACGGCGGCGAAAACGACAACGCCAACGACGAUUAUUAACAGAAUACUACGAAUCUGGCGUCUAUCAUGCCAAUUCUACUGCAGGACAAGCCUAUGCACUAGCAACACAACUUGCUCGAACAAACAAUGAUCUGUUAUGGCUUGCAAUCAUUGGCAUAACAUCACAAUACAUAUUUGAACGAAUCGACACGGACAAAUACUUGAAAUAUAUAUCAGUCUUGAACGACGAUGUGGCUCGUUUCAACUUGAUACUUGGUGAAGGAGCAACGCGGACGGGUGACAGCAGUAUACAAACCGAGGACGAUUUUCGGUUCAUGUUGUUUCGGCACUGGAGUCUACAGGACAGCAUGUAUCAUUCCGGCUAUGUAGCAAGCAAACUCGGUCUUUGGAAAGAAUUUGGGCGCAGGCGCCUACUCAACAUGUUUGCAAAAAUGGGAUUCUCAAUACAACAAUGCGAACAAGUUUAUACCCACAUGGAUAUGGAUCUAAAAACGAUUCUCCGCACCAAGAUCGAAACCGUUGCACCUCUCUACGGCUUAACCGAUAUUUGCUUCCCAAGCUUUGCACGCACGUUUGGAUGGAAACAACGAUUCUCAGCAAGUGAUGCCGUGUAUUCCUUGGUCACGUUGCUCGAGACAAGUCCAGAGUCCGCGAUCCGUCUAGGCGAAGAUGUGUUGUGGAAUCAGGACGAGGAUUGGGAUGCGUUAGAAGAAGCGACGGGCGAUCAUGGGGAUGGCUUGGCAAGUCUCCGGAGGCGGUGGUGGAUGAGGAAUUUCUAUACAGUGUACGAUUCCAUGGAUAGUGCGGAAGGGCUUGAGCGUGGUGUCAAAUUAUGCAUGAAAGUGCAGCGCGCGGUAGUACGACAAAGCACCGCGGUUCUGGAAAAGCGAGCUGUACGGGUGAUCAAGAAUUUCCGAACCGUGGUGAUGCGCGAUGGACCCGACUUGCCAUUGUUCCAGCAUCCGCUGACAUUAUCGAAACUUGCUCUUUUCCUUACGGAUGCAUAUAGAGAACACGGUAAUAGAAAUUUGCCGUUUGUGAUUGCAUCCUAUGACGAAGAGCAUGAAUCAUUUCUUGUGGUAGCAACGACCGGUGCACCUACCUUUGGCGAUAUUCGAAAAAAUCCAUUCGGUAUGGCAUUUCAAAAAGCAGCAGAACGCACCCAAGCACGUAUUUCAUUCGAUAGUUUCGAGACAUCCGUAUUACAGAUUCACAAGAACGAUCUUGAUCUCUUUAUUGAAAACCUCUUUGUUGCUGCAUAAACCACCAUAACUUUCCAACCCACCUAUCCAUCUACUGCAUCCCAUUCCAUUCACGGCUGCCACCCCAGCCUCUGCAUUCUGCAUUUCCAACAUAACAAUAGCAAUAAAGAGAAUAGUAAG